AUGGCGGAUCAGAGCACCCAGCAAAGACAACAAUCGGCCUCUUAUCCCUCUCCACACUCCUACCCGUCGCCUUCGAUGCAGCCCACCUACACCUACCCUCCGCCGCAGGGCCAAUCCAACCCUGAGCCGUAUCGUGGCUCGCCGCAGGGCCAGAAUAUGUCACUACCCUCUCUGAAUCUUCCCCCAAUACGUUUGCAGGAUGGCCAGACACAGCCGCCGCCGCAGCACUCAGGACAGCAGCCGAUGGGGUCGCCGCUCCCUCCACCACAGCACGGCAUGCCCCAGUACUAUCAGCAUCCGGGCCACGCUCCACCUCCUGGGCAGCAGAUGAACAUGGCGGGCGGCCCGCAUCAGCUCGCGAUGCGCUACCAGCUGCCGCCGCAGGGCGAGCAAAGAAUUCUAUCGGGCGGGCGGCACAAGAAGGAAAUCAAGCGUCGCACGAAGACCGGGUGUCUGACUUGUCGCAAGAGGCGCAUAAAGUGCGACGAAGCCCAUCCCAUCUGCCGAAACUGCCAGAAGAGCAAGCGCGAGUGUUUGGGAUACGAUCCCAUUUUCAAGCAGCAACCCGGGCCUGCGCAAAUACAACCCGCCCCAAAUUCUGCACCGCACCCAACCUCUGUCCCUGCCUCUUCUCCACCCACCACGGUGUCAUACGGUGGGCAGGUUCCCCAGGGAUACGCCCCCGCUGCGACUGCUGGCUACGCCCCGCCGGUUCCUACCUCGGCAUCAGGCCAUCCUCCCUACGAAAACUUCAACAACUCUGCGAUAGAUCCUGCGCUCGCUGCCCAGGACCCAGCCAUGCAUGGGGGACAACCGCCAUACAACGGUACGCAUGCAAUGAACCCUGCGCUGCGCGGGGUGGGAAGUUCAAGUCCAUAUUCGUCUGUGGCCUCCGACACCCACCCCAUGAAGGCCAAACGCAUCAAAAUCACUGACAUCUUCCCCAUUGGCAACCAUAAUCCACCUGAAAUACCCCCACGGACCUCACCAAUCCCACCGGAACUGGACGACGAAUUUGCAAAGAUAUUAGCGAACGACUAUUGCCUGGGUCUAGACGCAAUCCUCGAGACGAAAUGGUACUCAACCAACAACAAUGCGCUCAACAAGAUCUUAGCCGACAGGAGCCUCCAUGAAGAAGCCGUGGCAUUUGCAGAGACGGUGAAAUAUCAACACAAUUCAUUCGAUAUGGCGCGAAUAUUCAGUCAAGAGGCUCGUCUGAUCUGGCAUAUGUUGGGCGUGUGCAAACAGAAUCCCCCUGCCACCAACGGCACUAACGGGACAGCACCCGCCAAUGCCGAAAAUGAGGAUCGUUCAUUAAAGGAAGUCCGAGCGCGCUUCGACAUUCUAGAAUCCCUCUUAACCAAUCAAAAUCUUGAAACAAAUCCACUGCGUCAAAUAUCGUAUCCGGCCGACGUUGACAUCCAGAAGAAGGCCGAGAUCGAUUUCUGGGAGCAAUUGGGCAACUUUGUCGUGUAUGCAGAUAGUGAUUCUGCACCUGCAGGUGCUGUCGAACAAGCGUUGAGCACGAUGCGACAGGUUCUGCAGCAGAUUGAAGCGCGAGAUGUUAUAUACUCUAUUGCGAUCGCGAGAUCUUCUGGUGGCCGUGUCCGUGGAUUUCCCAAUAGUCUUCCAGUACCCGUCGAUCAGAAUCCGGAGAGCGACCCGAACAAGCUAAAUGUUGCCAUGGGAUUCAUCAGUCACGAGUGUCGAAACAGUACGCAGCAAGUCAUUGCGCGCAUCUGCGACAUGGCAACGCUUUCGUGGACAGUAAGCAGGGCUCCAUGA